AAAGAUUCCCGGGAGUGAUAUUUUUUUUAAAUUUAAAUCGGUGUUAAGUUAAAAAUUCGACAAAAAGAUAACGGAUACUAACGAAGGUCGAUCUGAAUUAGGCUUAAUAUUAACAUAAGAAGAGAAACGCUCCGAAAGGCUAGCGAAACAGUCGAACGCUCGUGCCCGUGGUAAAAUGGCAUCCGCGUCUCUGAAGGGCACCCGCAAGACGUACAGCUUCGAGGAGCGGAAGAUUCUGAUAUCGCUGAUAAACAAGCACGAGAUCAUCCAGGACAGGAAAUCGGAUCCGAUCUCCAUAUGCAAACGGAAGUCGGCGUGGUCGCGAAUCGCCGAGGAGUACAACUCGAUGGUAGGAUCCCGCGGUGCGCGUUCCGCCGUACAGCUCAGACGUUGCUGGGAGAAUAUGAAGGCAUGCAAGCGCAAUCGUGAGGAAAAGAAAUUCCGCGAAAAUAUGAAAGCGGUUUGUCAAACGACAAAGGACGAAAAAUGGACGAGAAAUCAAUGCUGGGAGGGUAUAACUUGUGGCCAGAAUAUGCCGGAAGCGCCUGCAAUGUCUACCGGAACCGUCGGUUUACCACCAAAUGUGGUAUUCGAGCCGAAGGAUUCGGAGCCGUUCACAUUGCAGAGUGUUUGCACUGCCGGAUCUCAAAAUCCGAAUUGCCUGAAAAAGGAUACAAAUAGUUGCGAAGACUCAAAUUCUGACGGUGCAUUCAAGCAAAUGACCGCCGAUAGGGAUAAGUGCAAUGUUAUUGCGCCGUCCCCCGAUUCGAUGAAUGACUAUUGUGAGAAGUUCGUAAGAAGGUACGCGGAGUCACCUACGAUCGAUCGGCCGGCGGAUAACGGCGUUGAGAAAAUCGCGCGUCGAGAAAGACACGUAAAUCAGGGUUCAAGUUCCUUACACACCAUGAUCUCGCCUCGCGUUGUGCAGGAGCAUAAUCGCAAGAGGAAAUCCGCGCUAAGAGAAGACGAGCUGCACGUGCUCGCGCUUUCGGAGGCGCAGAUGAAGGUCGACAUCGCUGCCAUGUUGAAGGAAGAGGCGAGGAUCAAGUUGGAGGAGGCUCAUUAUCGCAAGGAGGAGGCUAGGCUCCGAAUGCUGCUCUUCACUUACAAACUUGACAGGAUUAAAGACGAGUGAGGGAAGGCGGAUCAUUUUGUUGGAAACGCGUUGUCGUAAGUCCAUUAUUUUUCUUUAUUUUUGUUGCCAGUUAAUAUCGAAUCUGGUGCUCGUAAGCAAGAUGGGUCGGUUAUGUAAGAAAUGUAAAAUGCAGUGUUGUGUCUCUAUAUAAUAUCAAUUUACUUCUCAUAAAUGCAAAAUUAAAGUAUCAUAAUAAAUACGAACCUUCUGAUGAUUUUUAAGUAUACUUGCUAGUAAUUAAUAAUUAUUGCGUUACGCGAUAUUAUUUCGCUUGUGACGAACGUUACGAAAAUUGUGACUUUUGACGAACGCAGACGCGACGGAGAGUCGACGAAGUUAUGAGAAUAAUAAAUGAAAGAGAAGCUUUUCGA